AUGUAUUUUCUUUCUUUCUUUCUUUCUUAUUUAUUUAUUUAUUUAUUUAUUUAUUUAUUUCUUUUCUUUAUUAAGUGCUUUUUGAGACGGUACAAAGGUCCUGCUGACUACUGGAUUGGUCUCCAAAAGAUGAAUGACCAGGAGCCUUGGAAAUGGAUCGAUGGCACCAUUUUCAAUAACUGGUGAGCAUCCACAAUGAAAAUGUGUAAUAAACAAGUCCCUUAAAACAGUGUAACAGUUAAAAUAGUUUGAGUGAAAAGAUCAAGGGAAUGCUUGCCCAAACAGGUGUGCUUUGAGGAGCAACAUAUGCAGUGCUUUUUUAAUAUAGAAAAUAAGGUGCCAAUAUUCACCAUGAAGUUCUUACAGCAAGUGCCACGCUUUAACAUUUGGAAAAGAAAAAAGGGCGCAGGUACUGAGUACCAUUGAGUACCCUCUGAAAAAGCACUACGUAUAUUCCUCAAGGACUACAAAGCUCCUGGUCCUAGCCUAGUGGCAUGCAGUCAAGGAACUAGGCGCAGGGGUCAGCAAACCUUUUUAGCAGGUGGCUGGUCCACUAUCCCUCAGACCUUGUGGGGGGCCGGACUAUAUUUUUUUGGGGGGUAAAAUGAACAAAUUCCUAUGCCCCACAAAUAACCCAGAGAUGCAUUUUAAAUAAAAGCACACAUUCUACUCAUGUAAAAACAUGCUGAUUCCUGGACCAUCCAUGGGCCGAAUUGAGAAGGCGAUUGGGCCGGAUCUGGCCCCCGGGCCGUGGUUUGCCUACCCAUGGACUAGGGGGACUAGGCUAGUCCCCUAAAUGUUCCCAGUAAAUAAGAGUAUUGACGUAUUAAAACCUGGCGCCUCCUUCCCAAAGCCCAAGAAGCUUUUGCCUGGCUUAGAGCGGGAGGCAUGAUGCCUGUGUUGGACAUGGCAAUGUUGCAACUUCACUUGUUCUCCACCCCACCCCAAUCACAAGCUGGUGCCACUUGUCCUAACUGUUGCCCUACAAAAAAGUUCACAACACGCCACUGUCAAAGGCACAUUUGUAGUUUCACAAUUGUUACUAGUACAGUGGUACCUCGGGUUAAGAACUUAAUUCGUUCCAGAGGUCUGUUCUUAACCUGAAACUGUUCUUAACCUGAAGCACCACUUUAAGCUAAUGGGGCCUCCCGCUGCUGCUGUGCCGCCGCCGUGCUUUUUCUGUUCUCAUCCUGAAGCAGAGUUCUUAACCUGAAGCACUAUUUCUGGGUUAGCAGAGUCUGUAACCUGAAGCGUAUGUAACCUGAAGCGUAUGUAACCCGAGGUACCACUGUAGUCUGCCUGAAUGUUGAGGAACUGACCAGAAGCCAUCUCGCUUCUUAUACACAGAGCUCCACCUUGUGGUCAGCAGCACACAUAGAAGUUCAUUUUCAGUCAUAGCGCAGCAAGAGUUUGAUGUUUCCUUUCUAGGCCAGAUUCUAAAGAAAAUAUUUUGGUGGAAAAGCUGCUUAGAAAUAUGAAUAUUUGUAUUAUAUGAAUAUGAAUGCAAUUGUCUUCUUCAGGUGAAAAUUUGCUUCCAGGCCUCCCUGCACCUAUGCUUGGCGUUUCUCCCGCUGCUUGAUUUAUGCUCGUUCUCAGGGAUAUUUCUAUGGAUAUUUUCUAUGGAUUGUGGUUAAUGGGUUGAGGUUGAAUUCCAACAACACAGAAGUACAGUUUCUGGGGGACAGCGGACGGGCAUGUUUGGGGUAUUCCCUGGUCCUGAAUGGAGUUACUGGGCCCCUAAAGGACCAGCUGUACAGCCUUGGGAUCUUCUUGGACUCACAGCUGUCCAUGAAGGGGCAGGUCAAUUCUGCCAGCUCCAUCUGGUACACCAGCUGAGACCCCAUCUGCCUGCGCACUGUCUCACCAGAGUGCUGCAUGCUCUGGUUAUCUCCUGCUUGGACCUGCCUCAUAUAACUGAUCACAAGAUGCAACACAUGCACACCAUUUGAGUGGCAUUGCCCAUUAAUUUUGGGGGGCAGCCCCCUCAAAUAUUUUAUUGGAGGACCGAAGGGAUCUCGGCACCUAGGAGUUGGCUCCUUUGAUGAUAACCUUUAAAGCUCUAAAUAGCUUUGGCCCUGUAUACCUGAAGGAGCAUCUCCACCCCCAUCGUUCAGCCCGGACACUGAGGUCCAGCUCCAAGGGCCUUCUGGCAGUUCCCUCACUGCAAGAAGUGAAGUUACAGAGAACCUUCUUGGUAGUGGCCCCUGCCCUGUGGAAAGCCCUCCCAUCAGAUGUCAAGGAGAUGAAGAACUGUACAACCUUUAGAGGACUUCUGAAGGCAGCCCAGUAUUGGGAGUUUUUAAUGUUUGAUGUUUUAUGAUGUUUUUAAUAUUUUGUUGGGAGCUGGCCGGAGUGGCUGGAACAACCCAAUCAGAUGGGUGGCAUAUUAAUAAUAAAAUUAUUGUUAUGAUUAUUUCAACAUAUGUUCUGUUUGAAAUUUUAGGUUUAAAAUUUGGGGAGGAGGAGAAUGUGCUUAUAUAAACCAUCAAAGUGUUGCCAGCUCCAGCGGCCGAGCGAAGAACCCUGGAUCUGCAGCAAACCGUUUAGAUGACAAAAGGCACUGGAUGUGCACUGAGCGGACUUAA